GUACUCUAUAUCGCAAUUAAUGAUGCACCUUCAUGGGUGAUUAGUCGCGCGAAUACCAUGGCUGAAUUACGUGGAUGGAGCCGUUUUAUUGGAUUACAAACUCGAUAUAAUUUGCUAGACCGAUCCAUGGAAUUUGAUUUGCAGUCGGCAUGUGCUGAAGUUGAUGUUGGAAUCAUUCCUUGGGGUUGUCUGGCUGAAGGUUUCUUAACUGGAAAGUACACUAAAGAUUCAGAUACAAGUAUAGAAAAAAUUGGUGGACGUAGUUAUUCGGUUUCUAACUCAGCAAGUAAUGAAAGAAAUUGGGAAAUUCUUGAUGAAGUUAAAGCUAUUGCUUCUGAAAUCAAUAAAAGCCCUUCUCAG